UAAGUGACGACGCCGGGAAGUCUCCGACGUACUGGUCUGCAGAAGACCAAAUGCUCCUGGUGCGAUGCAAGCGGGAGCAAGAUAUGCACCUCGCCGGCUUGUCUCACAAUUACGGGCGGAUGAAGACGAAAGAGUGGAAGUGGGAGGACAUGUCGAAGCGGAUGGCGAAUGAGGGGAGGCCGAAGGACGCUGACGACUGCAUGAAGAAGUGGGACAAUCUGUUCCAGAACUACAAGAAAAUUCAGAGGUUUCAAAAUGCCAGCGGGCGGCCAGAUUUUUUCAGGCUGACGAACAAAGAGAGGAAGGAGCACAACUUCAAGUUCCGGAUGGACAGGGCGCUGUACAACGAGAUCCACGCAGGCAUGGUGGGGAACCGCACGAUUUUCCCUCCCAACGUUGCCGACACCGGCAGUCCGGUUGGGGUGCAGCUGCCCAGGCGAGGAGCGGGUGGCGGGGAAUCUGUUUGUAGUGAGGAGGCCGGUGAAGGCUGCCCUGACGAGCGUCCUUCUGCGAGGGAGUCCGACAGCAACGUAGGCAGCGGGGCGGGAGGCGGGAAGCGGAAGAACGUGCGUCAGCAGGCAUUCGAGUUCAUCUCUGAUGUCAUGGAACGCCAUAGCGCACUGAUGUCGUCGACGAUCGAAUCGUCUAGCAAGCGGCAAUGCAGCAUCUUCACGAGGCAAUGCGACAUAUUGGAGCAGGAAGUUGCCGUCCAAAAAGCGCAAUAUGCGGCAUCCGAUGAGACGCAGAGGAUAAUGUGCCAAGCAUUGUUGGAGAUCGCUGCCGCCAUCCGUGGUCGGUCGACCAUUGCUGCGCGUCCGGAGCCGCAUAAAUGUAGUCCGCACGAGGGUGAUUCCACAACGCUUCUCGCCGUGCCAGGUGCACACUUCCCGCCGCGCAUCUGCAGUGCCACAACGCUUCUCGCCGGGCGCGCUACAAGGUUCCCGUCGCGCAUCUGCAGUGCCACAACGCUUCUCGCUGAGCCAGCUCCACACUUCCCGCCGCGCAUCUCCAGUGCCACAACGCUUAUCACCGUCAUCGCUUCCGCUCUUCUGGCAGUCAGUCUUCUCGCCGCGGAGCACUCCCGCCAUCGCCAAGGACAGGUGUUGCCGGGGACAUCAUCCUUCCGUGGUGCGCUUGGGCCGCUAUACCGAGAUCGCUUGCGGGGGUCCCCAACAAGCAUGUCUGCGCGAUUGAACGCCCGUGGCAAGAAGCGCGACGUCACGCUUGACGAAACCCAAGCCCAGGGGAAAGGUCGUCGGCACGUCUCGAAGGCGAAGAGGCCACGUUUGGAUGAUGCGUCAGCAAGCAUGCCGCAUCGUGCUGCGCGAGGUUCGUCGCAGCCGGUGGAAGAGGACAACGACGAUGAUUUCAUGACGGAGGAGGAUCAAGGCGAGGCGACGGCGUCUGCAGGACGGGAGAGUGCCAGGCAGUGUACUGCAGAUCAGAGCGCUUCGAAGAGGAUGUCAACCCCUCCGCCGGAGGCGCAGCAGCUGCGUGUCCACGAAACGUGGAAAGAGAAGGGUGAUGUGGUGGACCUUGGCGGCGAAGACGACGAGCCUUUGGAGAGACGUCGCGUGCGCAGUGCGACACAAGCGACCACAACGGCGGUGUCGACGGCUCGCGCUGCGGACGACGAAAGGCCAAUCACAGGUGCACUGCCCUGCACGCCGUCUCAGCCGCGUCAGCGCAACGACGGUGGUGACGACCAAUCACAGCUCCAGCAGGCGAUCUCUCGUGCGGCGGCGGUGGAGAAUAUAGCUCUGCGCAUCUUGCACGGCUCGGUUUUCAAGUCCAGGAACCGCCCAAGGGGGUACAGCCUUGCGUUCCAGUACUCGUUGGAGUCCUUAGCGACGGACAUUGCGCGUGCAAUGUGGUACGGCGAGGAGUGGCGCAACAUCGUCAGCGCGCCGAUCUGCGCCCACACGAUAGAUCUUAACAUUGACCUUCCACUGUGGUAUGCCGGCGCGAAUAUCGAGGACAGACCUGAGGACGACGACAUGGCUGCGUACCAGGAGUCCACCGUCAUCAGCAUCGCGCAUUCGUUCCGCGCGGCGGUGCAAAUGGGCACUCACAUCGACGACGAUUUCAUCUCCUACGAGCGUCUAUGUCGGGUGGCUAACUGCUUCAGGCUGUUGCUGGCGGCGUCCAUGUGGAUUAUGCGCAUGGCGGGAGACGAUCCGCGCAGUCACUACGAAGCGUUUUACUUCGCGGAUCUCGUCGCCAGGCCGACACUAAUCGCCUCCAUGCAUCGGUCCUUCGAUCAUCGACGAUCCGUCGUCCGCGCCGUGAACGUCGUCACGGAGAGGCUUGGGAAGGCGAAAGUCACGCUCGGAGUGUACCCCGACUACAUCCCUGAUUGGGCACCAUGCGGCAUCGGAUUUGCGCACGACGCGACCAUCAAGGGGCCGGAGGAUGCGAAGAUGCCGGAUUGGCUGGGUUCGGGCCCCGCCGAUGAUGACAUCAAAGGCGAGGGAAAAGACGACGCAUAAGGCAGGCUGGUAUGCGGGGGGAGAGCGGGGAGACAACGCUUCUAAGAACGAAGGCGCAUGUACGCGUGGCGAGACGUGACGGGUUAUCGUGUGA